AUGCCGCACAACUGCAGUUACUGUAACAAGCCUUUCCGUUCAAGUGGGAGUGUGAAGAAGCAUAUAGCUACCCACCCCGCAUGUCAAAGAAAAUGGGAGUCUAUGGUUAGAGAUACAGAUGACGAAGACGGUGCACCAGCUUACAACGACUCAUUUUCCCCACUUCGCCGCUCAUGCUCCAUCGAUUUUGAGGAAGACAACCCUAUAGCAUCUAAAAGUCGACAAGUCACUGUUGAAGAUGUGACGGACGAAGAAGACGGCAGGUGGUAUUUCGAACCAUAUCCUGAAGCUGGUUGGACGUUGCGAGAGGGCCAAACUAGUUUUGAAAGGCAUCAGCAAUAUAAGGAGAGUGAAGGUGAAGAUAAGUGGGCACCCUUUGGUAAUGAGGAAGAAUGGGGACUUGCUGAAUGGUUGGUCAAAAGCCUUGGGCAGACUAAAACAGAUGAAUUUCUGAAGUUACCAAUAAUGCUAAACUGCACCAAACCUUUGUUCCACAACAAUCAGUCAUUCCUACAGAGAGUCGAUGCGCUGCCACAUGGACCGGGCUGGAAUUGCAAGAAGGUUAGUGUCAAAGGAAAUCGGACGGAUGAGAACGGACAGUCGCUGCAUGAGGACCUUGAACUUUGGACCCGUGACCCUGUGGAAUGCAUCAAGGAACUUAUCGGAAAUCCUUUAUUCAAGGAAUAUAUGGUGUACGCACCAUCACGAGCAUACGAGGACGAAGCAGGCACCAAACGGAUCAUUGAUGAUAUGUGGACAGCUGAUUGGUGGUGUGACAAGCAGAAAGAACUGCCUGAGGGCGCGACCAUAGCUCCAAUAAUCCUUGCCUCCAACAAGACAAUGCUAUCGCAGUUUCAAGGUGAUAAGUCCACUUGGCCUGUUUAUCUGUCAAUUGGCAACAUUGCCAAAGAGAAACGACGUCAAACAUCCGCACGCGCAACCAUCCUCAUCGGGUACUUACCUGCAACGAAACUCAAUUGUUUCAUGUCUGAUGCGCGAUCCCUUGCUGGAUACCAAUUGUUCCACCACUGUCUGUCGCUGCUGCUGGAGCCGCUCAUUGCAGCCGGUCAGGAUGGUGUAGACAUGGUUUGCGCUGACUCGUUCAUUCGACGAGUGUAUCCCAUACUUGCAGCCUACGUUGCGGAUUUUCCCGAUGUCUUUAUAACCGAGGGUCUUAUAUAA